AUGGCCUGCCAGCAGAGCUCUGUUUGUGUGGAACCUCAGACUGUGAGGGACGGUGCCGUCCUUCCCACAGAUAAGAGGUUUCUCUGUACUGAGUGCGGGAAGUGUUGCCUGUCUAAAUCCAAACUUAAUAUUCAUAAAAGAACUCACACAGGAGAGAAGCCGUAUUUCUGCCUGGAGUGCGGGAAAUGUUUUUCAGAUAAGUCCAAUCUUUCCACACAUAAGAAAUCACACACGGGUGAGAAGCCCUAUUCCUGUUCUGAGUGUGGGAAAAGUUUUUCACUCAAGUCCAGCCUUUCUGCACACCGGAGAUUGCACACGGGAGAGAAGCCGUAUUCCUGUCCUGAGUGUGGGAAACGUUUUUCACAGAAGACUGAUCUUGACAGACAUCAAAGGUCUCACACGGGAGUGAAACCGUAUUCCUGUCCCGAGUGUGGGAAAUGUUUUAAAGAGAAAUGGUAUGUUUCCAUUCAUCAGAGAUCUCACACAGGGGAAAAGCCAUAUUCCUGUCCUGAGUGUGGGAAAAGUUUUUCACAGAAGAAAGAUCUUGACAGACAUCAAAGAUCUCACACGGGGGAGAAGCCACUUUCCUAUCCUGAGUGCGGGAAAAGUUUUUCUCAGAAGACUGAUCUUGACAGACAUCAAAGAUCUCACACGGGGGAGAAGCCGUAUUCCUGUCCUGAGUGCGGGAAAUCUUUUGCACAGAAAUUUUAUCUUUCCAUCCAUCAGAGAUUUCACACGGGGGAAAAGCCGUAUUCCUGUGCUGAGUGCGGCAAAUGUUUUUCAGUGAAGUCCAGUCUUUCUGCACACCAGAGAUGUCACAUGGGAGAGAAGCCGUAUUCCUGUCCUGAGUGCGGGAAAUCUUUUGCACAGAAAUUUUAUCUUUCCAUCCAUCAGAGAUUUCACACGGGGGAAAAGCCGUAUUCCUGUGCUGAGUGCGGCAAAUGUUUUUCAGUGAAGUCCAGUCUUUCUGCACACCAGAGAUGUCACAUAGGAGAGAAGCCGUAUUCCUGUCCUGAGUGUGGGAAAUGUUUUUCAUUCAAGUCCAAUCUUUCCAGACAUCAGAGAUUUCACACGGGGGAGAAGCCGUAUUCCUGUGCUGAGUGCGGAAAAUGUUUUUCAGAUAGGUCCAGUCUUUCUGCACACCAGAAAUGUCACACGGGGGAGAAGCCACUUUCCUGUCCUGAGUGUGGGAAACGUUUUUCAAGAAAGUCCAGUCUUUCUGUACACCAGAGAUGUCACACGGGGGAGAAGCCACUUUCCUGUCCUGAGUGCGGCAAAUGUUUUUCAUUCAAGUCCAAUCUUUCUGCACACCAGAGAUGUCACACGGGGGAGAAGCCACAUUCCUGUCCUGAGUGCGGCAAAAGUUUUUCAAGUAAGUACAUUCUUUCUGCACACCAGAGAUGUCACACGGGGGAGAACCCACUUUCCUGUCCUGAGUGCGGGAAAAGUUUUUCACAGAAGUCCAGUCUUGACAGACAUCAGAGAUCUCACACAGGGGAGAAGCCACUUUCAUGUCCUGAGUGCGGGAAAAGUUUUUCAGAGAAGUCCAGUCUUGACAGACAUCAGAGAUCUCACAUGGGUAAAAAGCCACUUUCCUGUCUUGAGUGCGGUAAAUCUUUUUCACAGAAGUCCAGUCUUUAUAGCCAUCAGAGAUCUCACACGGGUGAGAAGCCGCAUUCCUGUCCAGAGUGCGGGAAAUGUUUUUCAGAUAAGUCCAGUGUUUACAAACAUCUGAGAUCUCACACGAGAAGGAAGCCACUUUCCUGUACAGAGUGAGGGAAUUGUUCCUCACUGAAGUCCUGUCUUCCUGUAUAUCAAGGGCCCCACACAACCCUCGAG